CGCUUGCUACAAAUGCUUUAUUCUGAGCUUACUGUAGAUAGGUUGAGAAGAAGUUAUGUAAAAAUCCUGUUAUUUUUGUGCCAUACGAACUUCAAAACAACUUAUUAUUCGGUACAUAAGUGUAUAGAUUUGUUUUUGUAUUUUUAAUAGUUGUGAUUCUUUGUUUAAUUUGACGAAGAGGUUGAGAAUCGCCCUAAAUCUGUUGUGACGUCACUGUUGUUGGGUGAAAUAAGUAGCCAUUUUGUUGCCUUCUUCAUCGUCAUUUGUUAUAGUGGCUGAUUAUUAAAUAAGGAAAAUGAAAAUUGGAAUGUUACCCACAUUUCUUACAUUUCUCAUCAGUGUUGAAUGUGCAGAUCCACCUGUUGUUGCGCCAUUUUCCUUUUUGAAAAAUAUAAAACUUGGAGAACAAGUUCGCGUCUUCUGCACUGUUCGCCGUGGAGAUCCUCCAUUUUCUUUCUCAUGGUGGAAAGAUGGGGAGAGAUUGUAUGUUGGACCACAUUUUGACAUUGAGAAAAUCGACGAAUACACAAGCAGACUAGUUAUUGUUGGUGUGUCAACUUAUGACAGUGGAUAUUACACUUGUAGAGUAUCAAAUGCUGUUGCUACAGAUAACACAACAGCGCAGAUGGUAAUAGAAGAUGCCCCCAGAAUUCAGCCUUUUAUCUUCCCAGAUAAAGCCGAAAUUGGUACUCAGGUUAAUGUUUUAUGUAGCUUGUUGAAAGGAACUUUACCUGUAAGUUUCACCUGGAAGAAAAACGGAAAAACUCUCACAACAGUUGGUGAUAAGAUAGAAAUUUUGAUUUUGAGUGACUCGUCCAAAUUAAAGUUAAAGCAUCUUGACGGUGGAAACAUUGGAAACUACACCUGUACUGCUAGAAACACCGUUGGUGAAGACAGCCGUACAGCCAGGUUGUUAGUAAACGCGCCCCCUUUCUGGAAAGAACAACCUAAAGACACCGAAGCCGUGCAUGGGCAGAGUGCGAGUCUUCACUGUGGAAUUGGUGGCUAUCCUAGACCAAAGAUUACUUGGAAGAAGGCCUAUGGAACCCAGUCCAAAGAUUUUCUCGUUGUCCAUAACGAAUACAAGAAGACUAUCUUGGAGAAUGGGACACUGGUAAUCGACAGUUUGAAGGAGGCAGAUGAAGGGGUGUAUACUUGCGAAGCUGAGAAUGGUGUGGGUGAAGGAAUUCAGGCCACUGUCCGACUUUCUGUACACGCUCCACCUACAGUAACAUCUGUAAAACGGAGGACGUCUGCAAAACGAGGAGAAACAGCAGUAAUUGAAUGUGAAAUAACAGGGGAACAACCUUUAUUAGUGUCUUGGGAAAAAGAUGGAACAAAAUUGACCAUGCCUUUUACCAGGUUUGAGACGUACGAGGAAGCUAAUGGUAAAGGUGUUAAGGCCACUCUGCUCAUCAGCAAUGUUCAACGUCGUGAUCAGGGAAAUUAUCUAUGCAGUGUUCAGAAUGAUUAUGGAAGUGUGAAGGAUGUCACGGCUCUAACAGUGCAAGAACCGCCAGAAAGCCCGUCUGAUGUUAAAGUAAUCAGUGUCAACAGUCGCUCAGCGCAAGUGAUAUGGGGAGCACCUUCUGGCAUCAGUACUUCAAUUAAGCAAUUUGUUAUUAUGUUUUGGAAGAACUCGAAAGUGUCUGGGAAGUUGCAUCAAGUAUCACUGACCAGUACAGAGACGUCCACUCUUCUCCGAGAUCUUCAACCUGGAAAUGAAUACACUGUCCAACUCCUGGCAGAAAAUGAUGUAGGUAGGGGAGAUCCCUCUGAUCCUGUGACUUUUGAAACCAAAGAAGAAGAACCAGAAGCUCCACCUGUUGACGUAGAAGUAGAGGCAGCUGAUUCACAUACACUUCAGAUUUCAUGGAAGCCACCACCUACAGACACAUGGAAUGGCCAGCUCAAGGGAUACCAUGUGGGCUACAAAGUAGAAGGGUCAGCUUCUCAACUAGCUUAUGAGACUGUGAUCAAAACCAACUUACGUGAAGAGAAGACACUUCUACGUAACUUGCGACCAUCCACUAGAUAUUCUGUAGCAGUAAAUGCUUUUAACAGUGCGGGUGAUGGUCCAGCUUCGGAAGAAAUUGUCACAUCAACUCUUAAUGGAGAUCCUCCUCAGUCUCCAGAGGUGAAAGUCAAGAAUGUCUCCCAGACAUCAGUCACUAUCAUGUGGUCACCACGUGUGAACUCAGACGCAUCUGUGGAGCAGUAUGUUCUGGAGUAUGUUGACACCGAUCAGAAUAAACAAGAGUUUCAUGCUCCAGGAUCUCAUAAAGAAUACUGCAUUGAGGGUUUGGAGAGUGGUCAACGUUACAGUAUCCGUGUGGCAGCAUACAAUAUGUUUGGACGUGGGGAUUUCUCCCCAUCUUUGGUAGUGAUUACUGAGGGUAAUGCCAGGGUUCCUGGUUAUGAACCCAUUGUUCACGAGACACCUUUCUACUUCCGUCUGUAUUUUGUUAUUCCUGUUGUCGCCUCAGUCACUGUUAUUUUGUGUGUGAUUGUUGUAGCUUGGGCUUGCCUGAAGAGGGCACAUUACAUUGAAGGGCGAAAAGCACAGUUGUACGUUAGCUACCAGCAACGCCUGACAUACGUUCCUCCAUCAGAGAUUUCCCGUGAUAGCCGUGCUGUGGAUGCCGCUUACGAUAUUCCGUGGGAUGUUCCUAAUGGUGGGGGCAGCAUGGGAAGAGACAGAUCUAGCUAUGUGAAACUAAAGCAAGGUCAGAACUAUGUGUGAUAAAAAAACAAAACAAAGCUCUUAAUUUGCUUUCAUUUUAAUUGUGAUUUAAGCUAAAUCCUGAACUGUGCAGACCUAAGUGGAUUCCAAGAUCUGCCUUAGUGUGCAUUUAACCAUGUAAGUGUGUGAAUGAUAAGGCAGAAUUGACAAGAUUUUUUAUAAGCUUAGUGGAUAGUUUUGCAUAGUGUUUCCAUUUUAUAUAACUUGUAUCACAUUGAAGUAGAAUGCUAGGGUUUUAGAGAAUUUACCAAAAUACUGUUAUAAUUUCUUUCUCAGUAAUGUCAAAUGAAGUUAGAUAAUGUUUUGGAAACAAGCAUGCAUCAGAGUAAAGAUGUAUAGUCAUUCUUUUACUCCAAGCUCAGUGUACACCAUAUUUAUUUAAAAAUUGGGAAUAGAGCUGUGAAGUUCACAGACGAGUGAGUAAGUAGUGAUUUUUCUUUUUACCCAGAAUCUUAGUUGAGGAGGUAGAGAGUAGCAUAUUCAGAAUGUAUCAACAUGCAAGGGUUGUAGCAUGUUUUGUUUGUAUCCACAUGAAAUGGUUUUAAUUGUUUUUAACACCACAGAAUAGCAGUAGUAUUAAGUAAUGCUGUGUCAUGCAUGACAGAAGAGAUUGUUUAUGAUGAUGAGAACAGUCCCUAUAAAAAUGAUGAUAAUGAGAACAUGACUGUUAACUUGGGAUAGUUGGGUUAGAAUCAGUUUGCUAGUUAGGUCAACUCAUUUGUCAUUCUGAUUAAAUAAAGACUUAUGUUUUUCAUGAACAAAUUAUGAAAAGAAUUAACAUAAUAUCAGUAAUAACUCUUGUUUUUCUGGAUAAUGCCUUUUUUGUAACAUUUGUUUUUAAUAUGGACUGUUACUUCCUUAUUGUGGGUGCCACUACUGCUUUUUCUUUUUAACUAUGUGAUUUGCAUAAUUUUUACUCAGAUGCUAUUGGAACAGCUAAUACUCAUUAUAUGUUACUGAGGAGAUAUGUAUUACAAAAUAUUAUUAUACACUUCCAAAAAUACAUAAUAAUGGAUGUCAUAGUUCAAGUAUCCUACUUUUGAAACACUCCUGUACACACCAAACAUAAAGAAACAGACUAUGACUCGUGAUACAAUAAACUUUGACCAUGGUUAAACACUCAUUGCCAUUUUUGAUGAAAGUGUAGAACACUCAUCAUCAGUAGAUCUGACUUAGUAAUUGAAGAUCAAGUCAUCUUGUUGCAUGCUCAUAUGCAAAUUCAAUUUUUUGAAAUAUUUUAUUUAAAAAAAUGUCUUUGGGUGGGAUUACUUGAUGUACCAACCUUCUGCCUCCCAGUAAGUCUACAGAUUUAUGACGCUAAAAAAUGGGUUUUGAUAUCUGUGGUGAGAAAAGCACAGAUAACCCAUUGUGUUUAACCAACCAACCAACUUCAUUAGUAUUUGAUCAACCUACAGCUUCAUAAGUACAACACUUAUAGUUAUACUAACUUUAAGGAACAGGUUUCAAGCAUGUUUCUAACAGUCGUAUA